GAUUUAUAUUUAUAUAUACAACAAAACUUCACAAACACGGUGACACGGAAACUCAAAAGUCUAUAUCUUGUUUAACUCGGUUUAGUCUUUUUUUGUGGGUCUCUUUACCUUUUUUAUUUGUGGUCAUUAGCCUCUACUACUUCUUCAUCUAUCUUCAAUUAACAAUAAAUCUCUCUCUCUCUCUCUCUCUCUCUCUCUCUCUCUCAAUGAAAUAUAGAUACAGCAAAACAUGACAAGCAAAGGAACAAACUCUGCAGAACAACUACCAAAGACAGAGUGUUGCAUGUGUGGGGAUCUUGGUUUCUCUGACCAGCUUUUUCUAUGCAAAAUCUGCCAAAUCCGAUCUCAACACAGGUAUUGUAGUAACGUAUAUCCAACAACAGAAUUUUUUGGAACAUGUAAUUGGUGUUUGAGUCAGAACGAGGAUUCACCAAACUCUUCAAAUUCUUCAUCUUCUUACAAGAAAAAUGAAAGCACAGAAGAUGAAGGAAAGAACAAACAAAUAAAAAAUUGUUUUCAGAAGAAAGGAGUAAUCAAAGGAAGUGGUGUUUAUCGUCUUCAACUUCCAAAACCAAUGAAGAAACCAAAAUCACCAAUAGCAUCAUCAACAUCUCCAUCCAUUUUAGUUUCAACUCGAAAAAGAAUCAUCACAAAUGGUGCUUUAGAAGAGAAGUUGAGGAGAACAAGAUCGGAAAAUAUUAUAAAAAGUAGUAGUAAUAAUAAUAUUGGUGCGACCAAACAAGUUUUCAGGAAUAAGGUGAGAAGGUAUAAGCUUUUAGAUGAAGUUUCAAGUUAAAAUUAAUAAGAGAUGAGAUGAAUUAUUCAUGCAUACAAAAAAAGAAAAGAAAAGGGUGAUUGAUCCUUUUUAUUUUAAUAUAUAGUAUUUUGUUUUGGAAGUUUUGUCCUAAUGCAAUGUACAUAACAAAAGUGUUUAGAUUCGUAACACAAGUACUUUGAAUUUGUCAUUCUCUAAUGUCAUUUUAACGUGCAAAUAGGAAAAUUAGAAUCGGAAUUGUUGAUUGAGUACUCAAUGAGGUUGUGGUAGGAAUGUUCUAGUAGCGUAAAUUAUUAUAAAUAUUUUGUGUGGAGCUAUUA